AUGUUGCUCAAGCUUGGCGGAUUGGGCUUUCGAAACAUUGAAGAUUUUAACCAAGCUCUCUUAGCUAAACAAGUCGGGAGGGUCUUUAUGAAUCCGAAUGUCGAGGUGUAUCCUUCUUUCGUAUGGAAAUCCUUGUUGUGGGGUAGAGAAUUAUUAAUGGCAGGACUACGUUGGCACGUUGGUAAUGGACUACUAAUUUCUAUUUAUGAUGACAAAUGGGUGCCACUACCUCAUCUCUGUAGAAUCACCACUCCUCCACGAUUGCCCCUAAACACCCGAGUUUGUGAUUUGAUCAAUGAUUCAGGACAUUGGGAUCGUGAGCUUGUUAAUGCUAGUUUCUGGAAACAUGAAGCAGAUGCAGUGCUCAGUAUACCAAUGGAAUAUGUAUUAUGGAAUGAGGACAGGUUGGUCUGGCAUUAUGAGAAAAAAGAUCGUGAAGAUGAAGAGGUGGGUGCGUCUAGCAGCAACUUUGAGAACAUUUGGUUGAGGUUAUGGCGGAUGCAAGUGGCUACUAAAGUCAAACGAGUAGUAUCUAACCCUAUUUGCUUUAAGUGUUACCAAGCACCGGAAACGGUACUACAUGCUUUAUGGGACUGUCCUGCAACUCGUGAGGAGAUGGCAGAAGAAUUCUUUCAUGCGAAUUGCACGUCUUUAUGCUCGACUCAAGAAGGAAGUAACCUGGUGGUGAAUUGGGAGAGGCCUCCUGCUCAGUUUUUUAAAAUGAAUGUGGACGGGGCUCUAAAGACAGAUGAUAGUGUUAGAGGGCUGGGAGUUGUUAUUAGAGAUGACCGUGGAGAGUUGAUUGCAGCAGCAGCCAAACCAGUGUGUGGCAUGUUUACGUCCAAUGUUACUGAAUUAUUCGCAAUCAGAUUUGACCUACAACUUGCAAUGGACUUGGGGUUGAAACAUAUAUACCUAGAGUCAGAUGCACAAGCAGCAAUACGGAUGGCUUUCCAAUGUGAUGCAGAUUUGGGCUACGAAGGAAUCUUAGUAAAUGAAAUUCAUGUUUUGGAUAAUUCAUUUCAUAGUUGUUUUGGUAAGUUUCGACCUUGUACUUGUGAUCGCGUGGCUCAUAGCCUUGCAUGGUUUGCACUUUCUAUUUCGGACCUUAUAGUUUGGAUGGAAGAUGGACAUGAAUGA